AUGGAGAAAAAGAGGCUCAAUGAAUUGCCAGAUGAAUUGAUCUUGAAGAUAUUCUCGUUGCUUCCGAUGUUAAAAGAGACCUUAGCAACAAAUCUCAUAUCAAGACGAUGGUCGGAGGAAGAUCCUUGGAAACUGGUUUCUAAUGUCACGCUUAAUGAUGAUGAUAAUGAGAGUGUUAUGAGUUUUGUUUAUGGAUCUUUGUUUUCUAACGAUGCUCAAACCCUAGAAAGAUUGCAUCUCAAGCUUGUCCGAAGAAAAUCGGCUUCAAACAUCGAUUUUGUGGUCCAAGUCGCGGUUAAUCGAUCUGUGAGAAAGCUAAGAAUAGACUUGUCUGGAAGAAUCCUAGUGUUACCGAGAUGCUUGAGUACUUGCAAAACCCUAAAAUCAUUGAUACACUUCACCAGGUUUGACGUUGCGAUGUUUCCGGUUGCUCCUCCUACAUUUUAUCGGUCAUCACUAAAAAGUUUGCACCUUUUAUCGGUCGAAUUCUCCAGCGAUGAUUCUGUUGCGUAUCUUUUAAGAAAUUGCGAGGCUCUUGAAGAUUUGGUUAUAAACCGAACAGAAGAUGACAAUGUUAAGGUAUUCAAUAUCAAUGUGCCUACUUUGAGGAGUUUAUCUAUCAAUAACUCAAGAAGGAAACACGUUUACGUUGAGGAGGAUCUUGGGUUUGUGAUAAAUGCUCCUGCUUUGGAGAAACUGAACUUUAAGGACACGUGCAGUAACUUUUUCAUGUUUGAAGAUAUGCCUGAGGUGACCAAAGCGAAUAUCGAGGUUGUUUACAGUGACCAAUCUGAGAAGUUCAUAGGAUCUCUUACCUCAAUCCAACGUCUUUCUCUCUGUUCUUCAACUUCAAACACUCCAUAUCCUAGAGGCACUUUCUUCUUCUUUCUUAAACAUCUAGAGCUAUGUACAUGUACUGAAGGUUGGACGAAUCUGCUUGCUGGUAUACUCAAUAACGCUCCAAAAAUUCAAUCUCUUAAGCUUGAGUCAAAACAUAGUUGUCACCAUUACAAUGAUCUGAUGAACCCGUGGAUCGUACCAAAAGUUGUUCCUGAAUGUUUAUCGAAGCAUCUUGAGAUCUUGGAAUGGAAACAAUAUGAAGGCACAAAGCAAGAGAGGAAAGUGGGUGCGUACAUACUAGCAAACGCAACUUGUCUUAAGACGGGACAUUCUCAAUCUCAUCAAGAUGUAGGAGCAAAUAUGCGUCAGAGUUAA